AUGGGAUCAUAAAUAAAUACUGACAUAAUGGCUAUAAAUCAAUAAAUAAAACAAAAUAAAACAAAAUAAGAAGGAUAAGAACCCUUCCAGACUUUUCAAUACCAUGGUCCAAGCAGUAUCAACCACCGGAACUUGGCGGAGCAAACCUUGGGAAUCUUCUGGAUCGGCAGGUUUAGUCCGGUCCACGGGUACAAGUUGAGGUUAGUCAACUUUUUUUUCUUUGGGAAUCUGAUGGAAUUCCCCACUAACGGUUGUUUGGAAAGUCUAAAGCCAACAACAGUCUCCGAUUCUAUCUGAAUUUCUCUUUCUCGCAUCUCUAUCAUCUUCAUCUACUCUCUCAUAUCAAAAGGGCCAAGGUAGAGAAUCUGUACUACCCAGGAUCUCCCUGUUCGCUCAGUCCGUUUGCCGAUUACCUCAGUUCCCGCGUCUCCCGGACUAUUACUAUACAGUCAUCACACCGCCACGUCCUUUCCCGCCCAAAGGCCAUUAGGGACUUGUUGAAAGCGUUGUCUCUCUUUAUCUUGUGGUCACCCCUCACAUCCAAUGCUGAGCUGCAACCAUCCCCUAUAUACCAGCCACCCCGUCCACCAGCGGCGCUCACCCUGUGAGAAUGAAUAAACUGUCUCAAAUAAUCGACGCGACACGAGAAAGUCUCGACGCGGCCGAUUCAUUUAUACGCCAGCCGCACUCCCCAUUGACUAUUAAUACCUCCGCGCCGGCCUCACCUGCCAUCUCUUUGUUCUCCGCGGCAGGCCACAACCGGGUCUCCAGCUCUGUCUCUUCCCUUGUCUCUUCAUCAGGCCUGGGAAAUUCAAUGGACAGUCCCAGUCGGAGUCAUUUGACCGAAGUCAAGGAAGAGGAUUGCACACGCGACUCAUUGGAAGAUCAUUAUUUCCAGCACUUUGAUCACGGCAUAUCUGCAGAAGAGUCAUACUUUGCUCCCGUCGAUAACUCAGAUAGCUACGAUCUGAGCGUUACUGGCAUGGAGACUGCCCCAUCACCGAAAAAGAGACGCUCAGGCUCAGACAGUGUUUCAAUAAAGGGCGUCUCGCGCAUUAACUCGCACAUCUCGACCAUGUCGGCCCGGUGGAAGACUAAGCGAUCCUCCAGUGGCGCAGAAGGCGAUAUUUUCCCGGACGAUCUACGAUCGCGCGCGAACUCGGCGGCCUCCUCCGCCUUGGCAAGUCCCAUCACCAGUUCCAUGUCUAUGAGCCGGGUCGACUCUAUCCCCCCUUCUCCCGCGCGAACGAUCUUCGAGGAACGCGCGAGCGAGUCUGGCGCACGCCCAAUCGAUAUCACCCGAGCGAACAGUCUCAGCCAAGACGACAAUGAUGUGCAGAAAGCGACAACCCCUCUCCUGCCACCGUUUAUGGGAGACGACCCAACGAGCGUCGUGGCAUCCCGCGUCCAGUCACCCCUGCAGUCUCCGUCAGUCGCAGACGCGAGCGAACCACCACACUAUAACUAUAAUGUGACCUCAGACCCGCGGUUUAUGGGAAUUCUUCCCUCGCCACCACUCUCGUCCAAGCCCUCCGUGGCCUCCUUCAACCGGCCGCGAGCCAGCACCGUACGCACAGUCUCAGGCGACGUAACGCCCCUCGUCCUCUCCGAUCCCAACGACGAAUGGGCCAACAAACUCGGCCACGCCAACUUCACCAUCAUGCCUGAGCCUUACGACCCCGUGGUUUGCGACCUCGGCACUUUCCAGCAGGUGCGUGCAGACUGGGAUAUUGCGCGUUGCAACUUUGCCAAGCACCUCGUCCGCACGGGUGAACACUACGGCGUCACCUCGAACAUCUACAAGCUCACCAUUGAGAAAUGGGAGUCGAUCAACCGCGAGUGGGCAACGCAGCACGAGGCCAUGCUCGCCCAGCUCAGCGCUAUAGAUGGUGUUGCUCUCACGCUCACCCAGUCCAAUAUCCACCCCUGCCAACAAGUCCGCAUUCCCGGUCUGCAUGACAGCGACAAGUUUCCCGAGAUGGGGGAUGAGGACAUUGUCGGCCCAAUGACUGUGGCACCGGCUACGGAGAUUGCAGGUCCCUGCCGUUCUGAGAAAAAGAGGAAUUUCUUCCGCUUUUUCCAGGACUUGGUCUCCCGACCUUGAGACCCGAGUCCUUUCGUUAGGCUCUUGUCUUUUUUUUUCCCCCUUUUUGUUUUCCCAUUUACAAGCGAUCCGCAACGAUAAUGACGAUAGAUUAUUCCCCGCGCGCCUUCUGAUGACUUCAAUCUCGCCCGCAUUGUUACGAUUAAUGUCUCCCUUUUAAUCUGUUUUUUUUGGAAUUUUUGUUUUAUAAUGACUCUCAUGACUCACGAUCCGGAUCAGCGACUACUGUUCUCGCCCCGAAUCAUGCCAUUCCUUUGUCUAUAUCCCGAGUCUUGUAUUUUCGGGGGGGGUUAUCUUUUCUUCCAUUUCUUGGUCCUGCAUGUCUUGCUACUCUUCCACCAAAGACACCACAUCCCUUCAACAGUGGACAGGAAAGAAGAACGAAAAGUUAACCCCCCAAACUGACUGGGUGUGCCACCCUCCUUCCUCUCCUUUCAUUCUGUUUUUAUUAUAUACUAUACCCCUCAUACACCAAGCCUACCAGCCGUUGUACCCCAUAGACUUCGACCCUAUUCCUAUCCUUCCACAUGUCUGCUCCACAACAGAACAGGGCAAAAAGCAAAAAAAACCAUUUGAAAAAAGUACCCAUACCAUGUUUCUAUAUGUAUAUAUCCGGCUUGUUUUUCC